AUGUUCAAACAUGAUCAACAUGUUGGCAAAAUCGAUGAUGAAGAUGAAGAAGAUGUUGAUGAAUCAUCAACAGAUGAUGAAUAUCAAGAUUGGGAUAACAAUAAUCAAACAGAAACAAUGAUAAAUACUGAUAAACAUGAUGAAGCAACAAAUUUUUAUAAGAGAAAACGUGGUGCUGGAAAAAUGACGCCGAUCAAAUUAGUACCCGAAAAAGAUGAACUAGAAACGAUGCUGGGAAAACCACUUGGCGAAGAUGAAGAUGAAGAAGAGGAAGAUUCCAAAAAUAUAAUGGAAACGACGGCUGGACAAGAUGUUGAAACACGUUAUCAACUAGAUGAUUAUGAUAACGAACAAGAUGACCUAAAUAUGCCUGGCAUUGGUCCGAUAGCUGUUCAUGCUUCAAAUACUGAUGAUCCAUUGUUAGAAAUUAAAGAUGAAGGCGAAGAUUCUGAUGCUGACGAUUAUUUUAUUAAACCUGAUGAUAAUUUGAUUGUAGCGGCACAUAUCGAAGAUGAUUCAUCAAGUUUAGAAGUUUAUGUCUAUAACGAUCGUGAAGGCUAUUUGUAUGUUCAUCAUGAUAUUCUCAUGCUAAAUAUGCCAUUAUGUUUAACUUGGCUUGAUUUUGAUCGAAACGAAACGCAACCAGUUAAUUAUGUGGCUGUGGGUAGUAUGGAAGGUGUCAUUGAAUUAUUUGAUAUUGAUCUUGUCGAUCAGUUGGAACCACUUCAUACAUUUGGUAAAAAAAAACGAAAAUCAAAGAAGAAAAAAUCGUCGUCAAAAACAACUUCAUCGACUAGUGGGGAAGGGCAUGAUAACGCCGUGUUAGAUUUACAAUGGAACAAACUUGUCCGUCAAAUUUUAGCCAGUUCAUCGGCGGACGAAACAAUAUUAUUAUGGGAUUUGAAUCAAAUGAAAAUAGCUGCACAAAUAAAGAACAUUCAUGAGAAACAGGCAUCAACUGAAAAUGGUUUUGUUUAUUUAAUGGAUAUUCGUAAUUCUUCAACACCCGUCUUUAGUAUAUCGGCUCAUAAUGCAGCUGUGACGGGUAACAAUUAUUUUUCAAAAUAUAGUGUAUACUCACUUGGUUUUUGA